AUGGCACCCGCAAAAUUCGAACGUUUCUUUGAUCUCCCGGGAGAACUGCGCGAGCAUAUCCUCUCCCACGUUUGCGUCUUCCCCACGGGCAUUUGGGUAGGCGGUGGCAUUGACGGGAGGAACGUGGCCCUCCGCCCCGGUACCAUCGCCGAUUUUCAUCGCGGAUUAGGAACGACGAGGAAUGCGACCAAUGUUACACGUGCGCAAACAACAAACCUUGGCGGUUACGGCGCCGACGCGUCAACAACUGAGGGAGAGAGAGAGGGAGGGGACAGAGCGGAAGGAAGACUGGAGGAGGAGGAGGAAUGUGCCGAUCCACCUGUCAACCUUUUUCUUGCGUCACCCGUCCUCUACCGCGAAGCCGGCGAUCUCUACUACGGGCGGAACGUUUUCUACCUCGAUUUCGCGUCCAACGGCUGGUCGAAGAGGCAGAGACGGGAAAUGUCCAAGAAGCUUCGAGCAUCUCGCGGGGGGCAAGCAGCUCUCCAUUCAGAGGAUGAGGACACGGCCGCGGCCAACGUGAUGAUGGCAGAUGUGCGGGCAAAACUAUUGGGCCAUCCCGACACGGUGGUCUCGCGGCGGCGGAUCCGAAGCGUGGUAGUCGACCUCCGACGGCUCGCAUCGUCGGCUUUUGUUGUGUCGGAGCUGCAAGACAUGGUGUUGAAUGGGGCCCUCGAGAGGAUCAGGGUCAAUAUUCUCGAGGCCGGCGUUCCGAGCGGGAGCCAGCAGCGUUUGCCAAGCCAAACGCGGGGUCGGUGGCUCCAAACGGUGGAUUACGCGGAGAAUCCUGCGCUGAGGGCGCUGCUGGUGCUGCUGACGGAUCCGAACUUGGAGAGGGCGCAACUGGGGGUGCCUGUAUGGGAACAUGCGUGGUUCUGGUGUUCCUUUCAUGAAGGGGCCGUUCCGGGCUGUGCGGCGUCUGCGACUGCUUCCGCUCAGUCUGGGCAGAGAGACACAACCACUGGCGAUGGGUUUUUCGAGGUACAAAUCCCGAGACUUGUGAGCAGUUGUGUCGGUGAUUCGGCCGAGUUCAGAAUCAAGAAGGUUGGCGGAUGA